AUGACUUUUGCGGCAACGCAAAUUGCGACCACAAUUAAGAACGAACCUCAAAGCGCUGAAGAGUGUAAUGCUGUAAUAGUUCGGUUUCGUGCGCGACGAAACUCUUCAUGCCAAACUACGGAGUGCCAGAAGAGCUUCGUUAAAAAGGAUUUUUGCUGUUUGCCCCGACCUCUGAGAAUGUCAAUAUCACAAAGUCACUCGUUGUCUAACCAUGACCACCGAAAUUGGACAAACUAUCGAUUCUAUUUACUGGUCACUCACAUUUGCCACCUCAGCUACGAAUUAAACAGCUUGUCCAGAACUGGGAAAGUUUUGAACCUCAAUAUCUCACAAGACUUCCACGGAUUCAUCACGUCGAUAGGGUUCUCAAGACGAUUGGACAGUCUGCUCAGAUUGUGUCGCAAGGCCCUAGCAUUGUCAAGACACUGGUACUCAACCAGAGUCACGGGUAUCAACGGUGUUACCACAAACGGCGUAAAAGGGGAUAACUCUGCGGUCCUCGACAGUUUACUAGGCAGCAUAUUUCACAUUUCUAAUACCGGGAUCUUUGCUCUCGCCGGGGAAGCCUUGUCUCACGAUCUUCGCCUCGACGCAGCUUUCUUCCAGUCUCAGAGCCCUCCCGAAGAGAUUGCUGAGGUCCUUGAUUUGUUCACCAACUUCUACCGUUUUCACCCCAGCCUCACAUCAACCAUAGUCACUGCUGCUGGUGCCGUUGGCACAAUCCCCUCAGCAUAUCCCGGAACACUCAUUUCCAAAAUUCUCGCUGGUACUCCUUUGCUAGCUAGCACAGCGCCAUUCUCCUCUGACCAUCCCAGUAGCGGGAUGCUAAAUGGCAUUCUGGCAAACGCUCGACACAGCAUGCUGGAAAUGCUCGACAAGACGCUCGCUCUAGUGUCAGUUUCCAAAGAAUGGAUGAAAAAAAUCCCUAACGUGUCCACUACGGAGGAAGAAGUCGCUCGGUGCGCAGCCUUUCAGAAACAGGCCCUGAUGUCUUGCAGAAUGGCCUUGGAAAAUUCGCGUCUUGCCAACAACGCCUUCAUGAACUCUAAUGGGUGCGCCAGAGAGGAAAUUAAUCGUUUCGAGAGCGAGAUUGCUCUGCUUAAAAACAGAGUCUUGAGCGUAGAAACUCAAUACGAUCAGGAGAUUAAGCAAGCGCGCCCACCUCAGUUCGCGAUGUUUCAAAACUUGGGACUCAGCCAGCCCACUGAUGGCACGAAAAUCGACGAGCCUAAAGCGCUUAGGGACUCUGAAAUAGUCAAGCUCAGAAAUCAGAUCGUUAAACGCACUCAGGACUUACAAACCAUCAACCAAUCUAUGACAAAUUUAGGCUUAUGGGUCGAACUCUGCGAGCGGGCAGGUGGUUAUCUUGGGUCUAUUUACAACAUUAUUACAGCUAUUGGAUAUAGCAAUGAUACUGAUGCCGUCGCAUUCAAGGAACUGAUGGGAAUCCAGUGGGAUCAGAUCCACAAGGAGGCUAAGGAGGUGAAAUCGUUUCUGCAGCCUAGGCAGUGA